AUGGAAGUAGUUAAAACCUUGAUCAAUCAGGGGUGCUAUGUAGACUUCCAGGAUCGCCAUGGUAACACGCCACUUCAUGUCGCCUGCAAAGAUGGCAAUAUUCCUAUUGUAAUGGCACUCUGUGAAGCUAAAUGUAAUUUGGAUAUUACUAACAAGUAUAACCGGACCCCGUUACACCUGGCAGCCAAUAAUGGCAUUCUGGAAGUUGUUCGCUACCUUUGCCUCUCUGGUGCCAACGUGGAAGCUUUAACUCUGGAUGGAAAAACUGCAGAAGACCUUGCCAAGGCGGAACAGCAUGAGCCUGUUGUCAGUUUGCUUUCAAGGCUUCGUAAGGACACAUACAGAACUCAAUUCAUUCAGCAGCUGAGACCUGUCCAAAGCCCGCAGCCAAGGAUUAAACUGAAAUUGUUUGGACACAUCGGCUCUGGGAAGACCACUCUUGUAGAGUCCCUAAAAUGUGGGCUUAUUCGCAGCUUUUUCCGGAGGCGCAGGCCUCGCCUUUCUUCCACUAAUUCAAUCCGGUUUCCUCCUUCACCUCUGUCUUCCAAAACCUCAGUUUCAGUGAGCAUUUGUGAUUUAUACCCCGGCUGUGAGAAUGUAAGUGUGAGAAGUCGGAGCAUGAUGUUUGAGCCAGGUCUGACAAAAGGGGUCCUGGAGGUGUUUGUCUCCCCAUCCAGUCAUCCUCACUGUUCUAUCGAUGAACAGUCCACCAAGGCUAUUGACAUCCAGAAUGCCAAUCUCAAUGGUGUAGGAGAUUUCAGUGUCUGGGAGUUUUCUGGAAACCCUACCUAUUACUGUAGCUAUGACUAUUUUGCUGCCAAUGACCCCACAUCAAUUCAUGUGGUUGUUUUCAGCCUUGAAGAGCCAUAUGAGAUCCAGUUAAAUCAGGUUAUAUUCUGGCUAAAUUUUCUAAAGUCCCUUGUGCCCAUGGAGGAGCCCAUAGCUUAUGGAGGAAAACUGAAGAAUCUGUUGCGAGUGGUGUUAGUUGCCACCCACGCAGACAUUGUCAACCUCCCACGUCCGGCAGGUGGAGAAUUUGGAUAUGACAAAGAGAUAUCACUGCUGAAAGAAGUUAGGAACAGGUUUGGCAAUGACCUCCAGAUUUCUGACAAGCUGUUUGUGUUGGAUGCUGGGGCAUCUGGUUCCAAGGACAUGAAGCUUCUGCGCAAUCACCUACAGGAACUAAGAAGCCAGCUGAUUUCUGAUUGCCCUUCAAUGACACCCUUAUGUGAAAAGGUUCUCUCAACUCUUCCACCCUGGAGAAAGCAAAAUGGACCCAACCAGUUACUUUCAUUCCAACAGUUUGUUUAUGAUGUGCAAGAACAGUUGAAUCCACUGGCAACUGAAGAUGAUGUCCGGAAUCUAGCCCAACAGCUGCACAGCAUGGGAGAAAUAAACAUCAUGCAAAGUGAUACCGUCCAAGAUGUUGUGCUUUUAGAUCCAAGAUGGCUGUGUUCCAAUGUUCUUGGAAAGCUGCUCUCUGUGGAGAACCCAAAAGCCCUUCACCACUAUAGAGGAAGGUAUACCAUGGAGGAUAUCCAACGACUGGUUUCAGACAGUGAUGUGGAUGAACUUAUACAAAUUUUAGAUGCCAUGGAUAUUUGUGCACGAGACUUGAGCAGUGGGACCAUGGUAGAUAUCCCCGCCCUUAUAAAAACAGACAGCCUGCACAGGUCGUGGACUGAUGAAGAAGAGGACAUCUUAAUAUAUGGAGGUGUUAGAAUUGUUCCUGUGGAACACCUUACUCCUUUCCCCUGUGGGAUUUUCCAUAAAGUCCAAGUCAACCUUUGCAGGUGGAUACACCAGCAGAGCACUGAAGGUGAUGCCGACAUACGUCUGUGGGUAAACGGGUGUAAACUGGCAAACAGAGGGGCUGAAGUUUUGGUGUUGCUGGUCAACAAUGGUCAAGGAAUUGAAGUGCAUGUGCGAGGACUAGAAACUGAGAAGAUAAAGUGUUGUUUACUCCAAGAAUCUAUUUGCAGUAUCAUUGAUAACUUAUUUGCAGCAACCUUGCCAGGACUUUUAACUGUAAAAUAUUACUUAAGCCCACAGCAGCUAAGAGAACACCAUGAACCAGUAAUGGUUUACCAGCCAAGAGACUUUUUCCGAGCCCAGGCUCAAAAGGACACUUCACUGGCAAAUACAAUGGCUGGGUACAAAGAAAGUUUUAGCAGCAUAUUGUGCUUUGGAUGCCUGGAAAUUUACUCUCAAGGAAACCUAGGCAUGGAUCAUCAUGUGUCUGAUCUGAACAUUCUUGUAAGAAGGAAACUCAGUCGACUUCUUGAUGCGCCAGAUCCUAUGGGCAAGGACUGGUGUCUUCUAGCCAUGAAUUUGGGCCUUCCAGAUCUAGUUGCCAAAUAUAAUGCCAGCAAUGCGACACAAAAAGAUUUUACAGAGAGUCCUGUCUGCGCUCUUUUACAAGAAUGGGGGAAUGCUCCUGAUAGCACUGUAGCGAUAUUAAUGUCAAAACUGAGAGAACUGGGGAGGCGGGAUGCGGCAGAUUUUCUCCUGAAAUCAUCCUCCGUGUUUAGAGUGAAUUUGGAUGUGCAUGGACAGGAAGCCUAUGCCGCUAGCUGUAACAGUGGCACAUCUUACAAUUCUAUUAGUUCAGUAGUGUCACGAUGA